AUGACCCUGAAGGAGAGCCUGGACGAGUGCAUGGAGGCCUUGGACCUCUUCCUCAACAACCGCUUCAGCGAGAGUCUGGAGAAGCUGCGGCCGAGAGUCAACGAGAGUAUGUACCACGCUCUGAUCUACGCCACCAUGCUGGAAAUGCAGGCCAUGAUGACUUUUCAGCACGAUGACAUCAGCAAUGCAGGAAACACCAUGAAGAGUGCCCAGGAGGUCUGUCAGAGGUUUCGUCGGAAAUCUGCAGGUUUAGCCAACAAGUCGGUGGGGGAGUCGCUCUCUGAAGAGCAGCUUCAUGCAGAAGUGUGUUUUGCAGAGUGUCAACUCCAAAGAGCUGCUCUCACUUUCCUACAGGAUGAAAGUAUGGUGAGUUUUAUCAAAGGAGGGAUAAAAGUACGAAACAGUUACCUCAUUUACAAAGAUCUGCAUAACUUCAUCAAAUCUCACAACUUCAUCCAAGGACAGAGCCACAAUCACUUAGAAGGAGGUAUAUCGUUUGGAGUGGGAGCGUUUAACCUGACACUAUCGUUAUUUCCUCCGCGGAUACUUAAAAUGUUGGAGUUUGCAGGCUUUUCAGGAGACAAGGAGUAUGGUCUGUCUCUCCUGUGUGGUGCUGCGACAGGGAUGAACUUGCGCUCCAUGUUGUGUGUUCUGCUGCUGCUCUGCUACCAUACCUUCCUCACAGUCAUACUUGGAACUGGGGAAGGUGAGGUAGCUGAGGCUGAAAGACUGCUAAAACCUUUCCGGCUUCGAUACCCGAAGGGUGCAAUAUUUCUUUUCUUUGCUGGCAGAACUGAGGAGAUCAAAGGAAACAUUGAUGAGGCGGUGGCCUUGUUUGAAGACGGCUGCAAGGCCCAGCAGACGUGGAAGCAGUUUCACCACAUGUGCUACUGGGAGCUGAUGUGGUGCUUUACCUUUAAGCGUGCGUGGAAGAUGGCGUACUUCUAUGCAGACCUACUGAGCCAAGAGAGCCGUUGGUCCAAGGCCAUGUAUGUGUACAUGAAAGCUGCUUACCUCAGCAUGCUGCCUAAAGACGAAGCCAGACCUUUUGGGGAGGAUGAGGUAGAGCUCUUUAGACAAGUACCAACCCUCAAGCAGAAGAUCGCAGGGAAGUCACCUCCCACAGAGAAGUUUGCAAUUCGUAAAGCCAGACGCUACAAAGCUCCUCAGCUGAUCAGGUUGCCAGUUCCAGCACUGGAGAUGAUGUACAUGUGGAACGGUUUUAGUAUGAUGUGCAAACAGCCGGAGCUCACCGAGGGCAUGAUGCAGACUUUGGUGGAGGCAGAGCGCACUCUACUGGAGUCUCCUGAAAAUGAGUAUACAGUGGAUGACCGCUGUUUGAUCCAUAUGCUGAAGGGGCUGUGCUUCAAGAACCAAGGGAUCCUCCAGGCUGCCGAGGAGUGUUUCAUCAAAGUGUGUUCAAGUGAGAAGAAGAUUAAGUUCGACCACUAUCUGGUGCCAAACUCUCUGGUGGAGCUCAGUCUGCUUUACAUCGACCAAGGCAGAAGAGACGAGGCCAUUAAAAUACUGCGUAAAGCCAAGCACAACUAUAAAAACUACUCGAUGGAGUCGCGAACCCAGUUCAGGGUUCACGCUGCUCUGGCCAAACUCAAGGCGGACCCUGGAGAGGAGGACACCCAUCUGUGA